AUGAACAAACGUGGCCGCAAAAAGAAGGCAAUUACUAUAGAAGACACUCGGACACGGAAGAGAGCGAAUAGAGUCAAUGCCAAUAGAAACGACUAUGGAAAUGAAGGAUUUCUGAUGAUGAUAUUUUAUUACUUGGGAUGUGAAAUAACACUCAAAAGAACAUUAAAAGAAGGGAAGUUUCAAAAGCUAAAAAUAGAAUCUUUAACAUUUAAUAAUGUGACACUUCUUGAUAGAAAUACAGUGGAGGAGGAUAUUAAAAUGUCAAAAUUACUCACCGACGACCAACAGAAAAAGCGAAGAGUAAUUGCAAUUACAAUAGACAAUAUGUUACUCGACUUAUUAAGACAAUACUUUGGAUUCACAUUUCAGGAAGUCGUCAAGAAAAAGCCAGAGAACGCGUGGAUGCCUGAGAGAAGAAUACUGGAACAUAUAAGUUUAGAUAGAGAGUGGAAUAAGCUUGAUAUCAUCGAGGAAGGGGUGGUCUUUUACGACAACUUAAAGUUAUAUGGAAGAAAGAUGGAACUCAUACACCUCUCACAAAGUAAAGUCUUCAACUAUUUGUCGACGACAAGCAUAGAUGUGUCUGAAUCAUCAAACACUGUUUCUUAG